AUGACUUGGCCCCUAGUUAUCAUCCUAGGUGGAGGGCCCGCAGGAUGUGCGACCGCCCUCUCAAUCGCACGCCACGAUACUUCCAACCAACUCCGUGUACUCGUGAUCGACGAUGCCGAUCCCGACGCGUUCAAGGUCGGGGAGUCUCUGCCCGCCGCGGCCAAGCGCACACUUUCCCUGCUCGACCCAUCCCUACUCUCGCGCAUCACAGAGGACACGAAACUCGGCCUACACCUUCCCUGCACAGGCAACGCAUCCGCGUGGGCGAGCGAGCGUCUCCACGAAACGUACUCCCUCAUGAACCCUUACGGGGAGGGGUGGCAUCUCGACCGUGCGCGGUUCGACGAGACGCUCCGUGAGGCGUGUCAGGACGGUGUACGAAAGGGCAAGUUCGUGGCGAUCCGGCGAAUGGACGGACCCGAGGCGUCGUAUGGCUGGGAGGUAGACGUGGAGAUGCGGGAGUCAGGCGAGCUGGAUACUUUUUGUACGGGGUGGGUCGUGGACGCGACAGGCCGGAGGGCAUCUGUCGCACGCAAGCUCGGCGCAACCCAGCGAAAGACCCACGACCUCCUCGCCUUCUACAUCGUCUUCAGCACCCCCGAUAGCGACGCCUCGCAGCCCGACCGCGACGACCGGACGCUCAUCGAAGCCGCACCCUCCGGAUGGUGGUACACCGCACGCCUCCCUCACAACAAACGGCUCGUCACAUACACCACCACCCCCUCCGACCCCACCGCGCGCGUCGCGCGCACCACCACCGGCUUCACCGACAUGCUCGCCUCCCAGACGCAGCACAUCGCGCGCGCCCUCGCACCGGUGUACGAGGCGUGCGGCGCAGAGACGCGGUUUACGCGGUGCACCGCGGCCGGGUCGUCCGUGCUAGAGCCCUACGCCGUCUGGGAGCCCCCUACGCACCCCUUGAACCCUAGCGCGCGAGGCCGCGGCUGGUGCGCAGUCGGCGACGCCGCGCUCGCCUUCGACCCGCUCUCCUCGCAGGGCAUCAUCACCUCCCUAAACUCGGGCCUCUCCCUCGGCGCCCUCCUCGCGCGCCACCUCUGCCCUCUUCCUCUUCCUCCCUCCGAGAACGCCGACACAGCGUCCGGGGAGGCGGUGGUCGAAGGCAUCACGGCUGCGUACGAGGGCGUGCGGGAAAAGUACGGGGCAGGGCGCGCGCAUUACUAUGGCAUCGUGCGACGGUUUGAUGCCGGGGACGCGUCCGAGUCCGAGUCGGCCGAGGGCGCAGAUGCAGAAGCAGGGUUUUGGAGAGCGCAGCGGGGCGGAUAA